AUCUUUCUGAUUGGUGGGAGCGUGUCAUAAUUCCUCAUAUAGUUAUAUCAUUUAAAAAAUAAAAAAAAUUGCUUCUAGAUUACGAAAAAUGUGGCUUUUUCUUGUUUACGAGCUCAACAUGUGAUGUUAUAAAACCAACACAAAACGCUCUUAAAUCGCUCCAUCUUUACAAUCCCAAACUCAAACACAAACACAGAUAGAAAUACACAGAAAUGGCGGCAUCACGGAUCUGUCUAGGUUUGGCAAUCCUGGGAUUGUAUGUAAUAUCCUUGUCAGCAUCAGCAGACGAAGUAGUUGUGUUGACUGAUCAAAACUUCGACAAGGAGGUUGGUCAAGAUCGUGCUGCUCUCGUCGAGUUCUACGCUCCUUGGUGUGGCCAUUGUAAAAAGCUUGCUCCUGAAUUUGAGAAGCUUGCUACAAGUUUUAAGAAAGCAAAAUCUGUUUUGAUCGGAAAGGUAGAUUGUGAUGACCAUAAGGAGACUUGCAACAAAUUUGGAGUUUCUGGGUACCCCACCAUUAAAUGGUUUCCUAAGGGGUCUUUGGAGCCUAAAUCGUAUGAAGGCGCACGCACUGCCGAAGCCCUUGUUGAAUUUGUGAAUAGUGAAGGAGGUACUAAUGUUAAGAUAGCUGCGGUGCCCUCUAGUGUUGUCGUGCUUAAUUCUGAUAACUUUGAUGAGAUUGUGUUGGAUACAACUAAGGAUGUCCUUGUGGAGUUCUAUGCAUCAUGGUGUGGCCAUUGCAAAAGCCUUGCUCCUAUUUAUGAAAAGGUUGCAGCAGCUUUUAACUUGGAGAAAGAUGUAGUUGUUGCUAAUAUAGAUGCCGACAUUCACAAAGAUAUUGGAGAAAAGUAUGGUGUAAGUGGCUAUCCUACUCUAAAGUUCUUUCCCAAGGGCAACAAAGCUGGUGAAGAAUAUGAGGGUGGCAGAGAUUUAGAUGACUUUGUAAAUUUUAUCAAUGAGAAGUGUGGUACAAGCCGGGAUGGGAAAGGACAACUUACUUCAAAGGCUGGGGUAGUUGCGGCUUUGGAAACCUUGGUGAAGGAGUUUGUUAGUGCUGGAGAUGUUGAAAAGAAAGCAGCUUAUAACCGUUUGCAGGAGGAAGUUGCGAAGCUAGAAGGACCCUCUUCAAGAUAUGGCGAGAUAUAUCUGAAAUCUGCCCAGAAAUGCAUGGAUAAAGGUGCUGAUUACGCUAAGAAUGAAAUUCAGCGGUUGGAUCGUAUCCUUGCCAAGUCAAUUAAUGCCGUGAAAGCUGAUCAGUUUACUCUCAAGAAGAAUAUCCUGUCCGCCUUUGCUUGAUGCGCAAGUUAUAACGUUUUUGACUGUAGCAGCAUGAAUGUAACUGCAAAAGAGGCGCUACUUUCAUCCAGGCGUGGGAAAUAUAAGAUGCAUAGUUAUAGUCAUUGCUGCACGUCUUUUGCACUGAAUUGUAAACUUAGAAGAGGGAUAGAAGAUGUUCCAAAGUUUCUGUAUAAACUAAUAUUAAACUUUUGAUUUCAUUAGAGACCCUAUGCAUCAAUUUUACAUUGCUUCACUCCGUAGUUAAUGUACUGGUAUCCAUGUUUCCUCUUA